GUUGGACCGCGCUCCGAGCCGACCCGGAGCGCGGCAGUGGGGACGAUGAACGCGACAUCUACAUGCAAAACGGAUAUGCCCCCCUGAAUGAGGUGAGCCAUGCGAGACUGGGGGUGGACCAUCACGAAAGAAUUGAAGCUCACCGCGACUUCCAGGACAAGUAUUGGAGCCAAUGCAGAGCUGCGCUGCAGCAGAUCCCACGUCGUGCGGCCCUGGUGGCCACUAUGGAUGCUAACGCCGCCGUGUUCCCGCAGUUACCACACGUUGGCUUUGCUGGACAGAGACGCUUCCAUGCGGCCACCAACGGCACUGGCGCCAGCUUGCUGGACCUCCUGCAGACGUUCAACCUAGUGGCCCUCAACGCGUUCGGCGAGGAUGAAUGUGGAACCAACCAGCGAUAUGCUACGCUUUCGGACUACUUCACCGCUGUGGAGAACGCGCUGGUAGAAGCUGCGGCUCCUUUCUACAUCGUCCAGCCAAAGAAGAGAACUCGCCCCGAGCUGACCGACGAGACCCUCGCCCUGAUUGAUAAGAAACCCAGAAUUCAACGGCACAUGGCAGGAGUGCUGGACCAGGACUUGAACGGCCACGCCCUCCCCCAGGCAGAUUUCGACGAGGCCGCCAGAGCAGCGGCCAGAGCAGUACGUGCUAAACGAUCCCAGCGGCCCGCUGAUACGGCCAAGGAGGCGGAGGCGGCGGACGCGGUUGGGAACCUACGCGAACUCCAUAGUGUCAUCCGCCGCGUAGCCCCGAAGCCAUCCGCACCUGUGGUGACGGUCUGCAACCCCUCCUCUGGGAACAUGUGUGCAUGGACGCAGAAGAAGAACAAGCUGAAGUCCGUGUCAAUGCCCUGUGUGGCAUGUUCGAUGGCCCGAUCUACCCGCGAUGCUCUCGCCGUUGUGGCAGUGGUGAUACGCCGCUACCGCCUCCGUGGACGAAGAUCUCGCCUGGGCAAAAGUACGAUGCCAGGGGUGCCCGUGGCCGCCCUGAUUGACCUCGAGAAGGCCUUCGACCUGAUCGGCAGAGAUCAGAUAUGGAUUGCCUUGGAGCGGUUGGCUUUGAAGCGACGCGUUCGUCUUGCAGUCGAAGAAUUCCAUGUGGGCGCGUUCUACACCGGCCGAGACAUUCGAACCAGCCAGCCCACCGAGAAGCUGCUGAUCCCCAGAGGAGUACGGCGAGGGGGCGUGGAAGGCCCGUUCCUGUUCGUGGCCGCGCGCGACCUCCUCGCCUCCAGCCUGGAGCAGAGCCGCGCCGAGUCUGAAGUCACCGUGGUCUCUGUGGCGUUUGAUCCGACAUUGGAAAUGAUUCGCCACGUCCAUCUCCUCCCUGGGGCUGAUGCUGAGAAAUGCCUGACAGUAUCUCCCAUAGUUUUCGUAGGCGACCUGAUAGCGUUCACCGUCGUCGAGGAUUUCGAAUCGGCAUCGAGGUCCCUGUCCUCCCUGACACGCGAGAUCACGAAAGGGAAGAUGAAAGUGAAUCGCCCGGCCAGCCUGCCGCCGAUCCCACAGCUCCCCAGCCUCGCGACGUUCGCGCCGAUAGCGGGGGCCAAGGGAGUGAAGCGCCAGAGCGAGACCGAGGGAGUGGGCCAAACGGACACUUCGAACAACGACGAGAUCAAGCCCAAUGACCGCCUCCAGAACUUGAUGCGCCGGUUCCUGCUCCAGCGCGGGGCAGCCCGCCAGGCCGACGCGAGGGGCGACAUGUUCACCCCCGCCCUCAAGGUCGGCACGAAGCUCGACAUGGCGCUGGGGGAAGGCGCGCUCCUGAGGGGCGCGACCUUCCGCCUCGCCGAGGCUUGCGCGGGCAACGCCAAGGAGGUGGAGGACGCGGCGAAGAACGGCCAGCCCCCCGGGCAGCAUAGCCCCCACCCAACCGACAAUUCACCCACCUGCGCGUCUUGCGGCUUCCGCGCCCGCAUCCUUGACGGGACGGUCCUCUGGCCGAGCCUCUUUGUGUGCUUCGAGUUCGAAGAGUCCCCAGAGCUGUCCAGCAUGCUCGUGAUAUUCGUGAG